CGGUCUGAGGCGCAUGCUUCAUGAAUGAGUCCUCCGCGGUCUUCCCUAUUCUUCCACUACACUAUCCGUACCACCGCCACCUCCCCCUCUUCCUCUCCCUCUAAAGGACCACACACCGGACCCAUAGCCCGCCCGAUGCCUGACUGGAAGCUCCAUACGGUGGAUCGAGCCCCGGUGAGCCCCCAAUGAGCCCGGACGGAACCGACCUGACAUCGGAGCUGUAUGCACGCGUCAUCUCGAUUGGGACAAGGCGACAGGAUACUGAACGAUGCUGGAUGGACUCAGGCGGAGGCACGCCUCCCGCUCCUCCCCCCGACCCCUCUCCCUCAACUUCAGCACCUUCUCGGCGCCUCCCCCGAGCCCGGACUUGGACGCUGGCAAUGAGCAUCCAAUCAGGAGGACUCUGCACCGGCUCAAGCUGAUGAGCUCGCCCAGCCUCAGCGAGCUGGCCAAGAGUGACAAGGGUUCGCCGGAAGACAGAGGCGAGAAGCAGAAGAGGGCUGGAGCCAACGCCACUUGGAACAGCAUCCACAAUGCCGUCAUCGCAGUGUUCCAGAAGAAAGGUUUGGCCGACAAUGAACUUUACGUUCUCAACGAAGGCGUCCGGCACCUGCUGAAGACCGAGCUGGGUUCCUUCUUCACCGAAUACCUUCAGAACCAGCUGCUGACAAAGGGUAUGGUCAUCCUGAGGGACAAAAUAAGGUUCUACGAAGGUCAGAAGUUACUGGACUCUUUGGCCGAGACGUGGGACUUCUUCUUCUGCGAUGUGCUGUCCAUGCUGCAGGCCAUUUUCCAUCCAGUCCAGGGUAAGGAGCCAUCUGUCCGUCAGCUGGCUCUGCUCCACUUCAGGAGCACGAUCGUACUGAGCGUCAAGCUGGAGGACGCCCUGUCCCGGCCCCGGGCGCGGGUGCCGCCCUCCGUAACUCAGAUGCUGCUCAUCCUGCAGGGUGUUCAUGAGUCACGUGGCGUGAAUGAGGAUUACUUGAGGCUGGAGUCGUUGGUCCAGAAGGUGGUCUCACCCUACUUGGGCACUCACGGGCUUUACUCUGGAGACGACAUCGAGGACCACUGCUGUGUUCUGGAGAAGCGCUUCCAGUGGGGCUGGUCCAAGUCUGCCGAGCAUCUAUCCAAGAACCCGGUGGUCCGAUCAAAAAGCUACAACAUCCCGCUGCUCCUCACGCCCGUGGCCGAGUAUGAUGCCGACUGCGGCUCUGUGGGGAGCGGAGGAAUCCGUCGACACUCGGCCUGCGAGAUAAUCUCUUGCCUGGAGGAGCAGAAGUUGAACUACGCCGAGCUGGCAGCCAGUUCCGAGCUUUCCGGCUCCGCCUCCAACAGGCUAUGCGUGGGCUCGCAGUUCAAAGGCAUGAUGCAGACAGGAGCCGCCUCCAUGGACCUCCCGCUAUCAUCCUCAUCCAUCCUACACUCGUCGGGGGCUCUGCACGGCACCGAGGCCACCACCACCGUGACCGACCUCGGCAAGGCGGGGUCCUGCUCGCCACUCAGCGAGUCAUCCAGCCCGGAAACCAUUAUCGGACAAGUCCUCCAGUCGGCGGACUCCGACUCGGACGGGAUAUUCAUCGACUUCCCGCCUCAUUCCUCCGAAGCUCUCCGCUACGGCUGUGAGAGCAGGCAAAGCACAGUGUAGCUGCGAGCACCCACACACGCAUGCACACACACACACUUGUGAUUAUUAAUGUUAGUAGACUUCAACAAGUACAUUUCAUUGCUUUGAAUCCAUCCAUCCUCUCCUCCAUCCAUUGAUGCUACUUCCAUGAAAUAAUUUAAUUCUCAAACUUAAUGGCAUGAAACAGCAGUGGAGCCCUGUUCAUUGAUACAUUCCAGACAAACAGAAAUUCGCAAAGAUAUUAUGGUAUCCAAUUGCAACUUGUGGCAAAACACGGUACUACACGCGCAAAACUCUAAAUUCAAGCUUGCCUGUACACCGUAAAAAAUCAUACCCCCACCUAAAAAAGAACACAGACCUCCACCAAGGUCAAACUCUUAACAACUAGUGACCAAAAAUCCAAUGACUGUUUAUUUAUAUGGUAUGUCUACAUGUGUAAAAGAAAACAAACAAAAAAGAAACAGUCAUCAUUUUGCGCAAAACAUUCUCAAGGGAUACAGUGUGGGUCAAAAAUGCGAAGAUGCGUGUGGUCACUGGCCAUUGAAAAGCAUGCACCUCCAACAUUUGUAUUUUGUCACCCGUUUUGCUUGAUUGAGAGAGAAAAUGUCGAGGUGUUUUACUUUUCUGAAAACCGAGAAAAAAUGCAUUGAACAAAUAAGCAAAAUUUAGAAACAUACUUUUGAAAAAGAUAGAACAGCAGAUGUAUGCUUUAACAUAAAACACAAAAAAAUGAAACAAAAAAGUGCUUGUACAUGCUUUUCAUAAAAAAAGAUACGACUAUGUGCCUAUUAAAACAAAACAAACAACAAAAUUGAGAUACUUGCCUUAAAGAAUAAUUACAAAAAAAUUAGAUGCAUGCUAAAUCAAUUUUGAAGUUUUUUGAAAGGAAAAAAAAAGCCAGAAUCUGGAUGUGAGAGAAAAAAAAGGAAAAUGCAGAUGCAUGUUUUUUUUUCAAAUUAAGGAACACAUGGUUUAUAAAUAGAAUACAUGUUACAAAAUUUGACGAAACGUGCUUGUUUAUAACGAUGCAGGUUUUUAAACGUGAAUUGGAGAUAUAACAAAGAAGUUUUCAAAAAGAAUCAAAAUAGAGAUACCAGUCUCGAGAAAGGCAACACGUUGUUUUUUAAGAUUUGUACUCCAUUAUAAAAGUUAACAAAUUUAAUACAAUGCUUUGGAGAAAAGCAACUACAGAAUAUGAGGAUGCUUUUUAAAAAUUCCCCCAAAAUGCCCAAAUUGGUAAUUCACGCUUUUAAAAUCAUAAUCAAAACGUUUCAUGGUGGUUGCCUACAAAAACCUGCAUCAUGGUGGUUGCCUACAAAAACCUGAAUCAGCACCUUUUUGAGGAUCUGUCCAAAACCUUUAUACCUUGACACGCCUCCUUCCAAAGUUUUGCGGAAGUCUUUCUUGUACUUUUCACUAACAUUCAAACACCAUGGGAGAGAGAAUAAUUGUCAAUGCUGCAGGUGUAGUGUUUUUUAGUCUGUGUGAUGAAAUCAUUUUGAAAUCAUUGUUAUUACUAGGCAAUGGGCAUUGUGUUCACAAACAAGUGGCGAGAGGCCUCCUGCAUCGUCACGUGUUUUACCAUUGACUGAAAUAAUAAUAAUGAGCGCCUUCAUUCCAAUGAGGAUCACAUCAUCCUUUUUUUCUGAAUGUAAAAAAGGAAUGUCAUUCAAUUAAAAAAA